AUGGGAUCCCGGCCAACGUCUGAGAGUCCGCCUGAGAUCGCCAUCGUGGGUGGCGGAAUCGUUGGCUUGAUACUCGCUGCUGGUCUUCAUCGGCGCUCGGUGCCCGUCUCAAUUUACGAGAGAUCGUCAACAUUCCGUGAGUCUGGUGCCGGAAUCGGCUUCAACAUUGCGGCCAAGGCAUGUAUGGAGAUGAUUGAUCCCGGUGUCAUUACUGCUCUGCGUCUUUGCGGAGGUGUGCCCAUUUCCGCAUUGGAUCCUGACGAUCCACACGACUACCUCAGAUGGGUUGAUGGGUUCUCUCAGGACUUGGAUAUUGGUAAGCUUGCGAAGAAUAAGGAAUGGGAGAUUACCCCUGGUGGAUGGCAGAGACAAUACAUGAAGGCAGAUGCUGGUUACAAGGGCAUCGAAGGCACGAGGAGGGAUCACUUCCUCGACCAGAUGGGAACCCUCUUUCCCAGUGACAUGAUCCAUUUCAAUAAGGAAUUGGAGAGCAUUGCAGACCCUGAAGAUGGCGGUCGACUCACAUUGAGAUUCACGGAUGGCACGAUAGCCACAGCGGAUGCAGUUGUUGGAUGUGACGGCAUAAGAUCUAGGACUCGCGAGUUUGUGCUCAAUCCCUUUUCGCCUCCGAAGGAGGGCGUGCCAACCUACACAAAUGUGCGAUCUGCCCGAGUUCUUGUUCCCAUGGCUGCAGCCGCCGAUGCCCUCGGCGCAACCACAGCAUCCAUCUACUACAACCACAUAGGCCCUGGCGCCAACUUGCUUCACUAUCCCGUUGCACAAAACACCUUGGUCAACGUAGCCUUGUUUUACCAUGAUCCCCAGCCCUGGUCCGAAGAGGGCUCCUGGACUGCCCGACAGAGCCCCCGUUCUGAUAUCGAGGCUGCCUUCAAGGACUGGCACCCCAGGAUCAGGAACCUAUUGGAAAAGAUGCCCGAAACAGUACCCGUGAUGGGACUUUUCGACAUGUACGAACACCCUCUUGCGCAUUACAACAACGGCAGGGUCUGUGUAGCCGGCGACGCCGCGCACGCGAGCACACCACACCAUGGCGCAGGAGCCGGCAUGGGCAUCGAGGAUGCACUCUGCCUUUCUGUCCUCCUGGCUGAGGUGGCUGGCACAGUUCGAAUCGGCGGCGUGAGCAAAGCCGACGCUGUGGCUGCUGCCUUGCGUGUUUAUGAUGAUGCGAGAAGGGGGAGGAGCCAAUGGCUGGUCAACAGCAGCAGGAGAGUGUGUGAUUUGCAGCAUAGCCCCGACUUUGCUGACCCAGCGAAGCGAGUCUCCGCCGAGACGUGUUUUGAGGAGAUUAUGGAUCGAACGCUGAAGAUUUGGAACUUUGAUUACAUGGGGAUGGUUAGACAGAGCGUAGAGAAGUAUGGGAGGGCGGUUAACACCAUACGGGUCAAGUCGUAG